AUGGAUUCAGCAAGUUUAUUGCCGCUGCUUGAGCAGUUGGAUGACCAUGUGGAUGAUUUGGAGGAGGCUCUCGAACCACUCUUGGGUCAAUCCCUGUCCAAGACCUCUAAAAAUUUGCCUGUGAUGGACAAAGCUAAACUUCACGUUUUCGUCACCUACACACUCGAGUCUUUACUUUUUUCCUAUUUACGACUAUAUGGCGUCAACGCUACACAACAUCCAGUGUACCGGGAACUCACUCGAGUGAAACAAUACUUUGCGAAGAUCAAGGCCCUAGAAACUGAACCCGAGCAGCGAAAAAUGACACUUGAUAAGGGGGCUGCAAAUAGAUUUGUCAAGCAUGGCCUUCCAAAAAAGAUGGCUGCUGAAGCGCAGAACCCCUCGGCUCAAAACGACGGCGCAUCCAGUGCUGCGCCAUCCACCGCACAGUCCACGGCCGACUCAGACCUCGAUUCCGAUGAAGAGACAAAUACCGACGCUCAACCAAGUGGAUCGGACAAAGAGAAAGUACAGAAGCAAAAGAAGAAGGAAGAGAAAAUCAAGGCCAAAAGCAAGAAGGCACGGAAGCUCAACAAAGCUGAGCGCAACGACGAGAAAAGAGAGCGACGAAAGAAGAAGGAGAAGACACGUAAGGCCCAAAAGGCAUGA